AGUGUGACGCUCCACACUGGGCGGAGUCACCAAGGCUAAUGGCGUCGGGAAGGCCUCAGACCUCUCAGCCACCGAACUCUCGGUUUUUGCGGACGCAGUCCGGGUUGUGCCGUCCCUUUCUCAUCCCCUGACCACCCGCUCCUCCCUGGUUACUGUGGACUCCUCUCCCCGGCAUUCUUCGCGCGGACUCCGGCUGGCGUGCACGUGACGCGUCAGGCCUCGGGCUCAGGGUACCUGAAUGAUCAAGUAUCAGUGAAAUUUCAGACCUGUGUGGAAAGGCUCUCAGGAAAUACUUGUAUUCGCAUUUUCAGCCCUAUGGUGGUUUUACUGGUAACCUGGAAGUGAGGAAUAAUUUUCUGCUAGAACAAGAUGGCUUCUGUUCCAGUGUAUUGCUUGUGUCGCCUUCCAUACGACGUGACGCGAUUCAUGAUUGAAUGUGAUGUUUGUCAAGACUGGUUCCAUGGCAGCUGUGUUGGUGUAGAGGAAGAAAAGGCAUCAGAGAUUGAUCUGUAUCAUUGUCCCAACUGCCAGAUAACGCAUGGGCCACCUGUUAUGAAACGUCGACGGGGGUAUCCCAAGCAAGAUCUCGCCAAGCAAGAUACCAAGGAUGUGGGGAAACCAGUGCAGACAGGCACUGCCAGUUUCAUAAAAGAACUAAGAAGUCGAAAUUUCCCCAGCGCAGAGGAGGUGAUCUUGAAACCACAGGGAGCUCAGCUGACCGUCGAGUAUUUAGAAGAGAACAGCUUCAGUGUUCCGAUCCUGGUUGUAAAGAAGGAUGGGCUUGGGAUGACCCUUCCUCCUUCUUCCUUCACAGUAAAUGACGUGGAGUAUUAUGUAGGAGGGGAGAAGGAGAUUGAUGUGAUUGAUGUUGUUAGACAAGCAGACUUGAAGAUGAAGCUGAAGGAUUUUGUCAAAUAUUACAACAGCCCCAAGAGGGAGAAAGUUCUCAACGUGAUCAGCUUGGAGUUUUCUGAGACAAGGUUGUCAAACCUUGUUGAAACUCCAAAGAUUGUACGCAAGCUAUCCUGGGUGGAAAACCUGUGGCCCGAGCAAAGUGUGUUUGAAAGACCAAACGUGCAGAAGUACUGUUUGAUGGGGGUCAAGGACAGCUAUACGGAUUUCCAUAUAGAUUUUGGAGGAACAUCAGUCUGGUAUCAUGUUUUAAAGGGAGAGAAGAUCUUCUACCUGAUACAACCUACAAAGACCAACCUGGCCUUGUUUGAGUGCUGGAGCAGCUCCUCUAACCAGAAUGAAAUGUUUUUUGGAGAUCAGGUGGACAAGUGUUACCGGUGUCCUGUAAAGCAGGGCCAGACUCUCUUCAUCCCCACAGGCUGGAUUCAUGCAGUUUUGACCCCUGUGGAGUGCCUGGCUUUUGGAGGAAACUUUCUGCACAGUCUAAACAUGGCAAUGCAGCUCAGAGCAUAUGAGAUUGAAAAGCGACUGAGUACUGCUGAUCUCUUCAAGUUUCCAAAUUUUGAGUCCAUCUGUUGGUAUGUGGGAAAGCACUUACUGGACACAUUUCGUGGUCUGCGAGAGAACAGGAGGCAUCCAGCUACUUACCUGCUGCAUGGAGCCAAAGCACUCAAUACAGCCUUUAGGUCCUGGACCAAGAAAGAGGCAUUGAUGGAUCACGAGGAGGAAAUCCCAGAGACCAUAGUUACUUCUCAGCUCAUUAAAGAUCUUGAUCGUGAAGUCCGGCUAAUGGAGGAUAUAUUUCAUCAAAACAUUGAGAAGACUGGCAACCUCUUGGGUAUGACAAGAAGCCCUCUGACCAGCACUUCCUCCCCCGUGAAAAUGUCUCUACUGCCCAAGGGUCCUAAGAAAAAGGGGGUCAAGAACAAAGAUUUUGUGAAAAAAGGUGGUAGAUGGAUCAAUGAUGGGCUGGACGAUGACUCGGAGCUUGUCGAUAUUCCAAAUCCGAGGAAGAUCUUUGUUCACAAGAAAGAAAUGGCGGAUGACGAUAUUUUAGAUGAAAUGGAUGAGAAGCCUGAUGGCAGUCUACUGGAUUCAGAAUUGGCAGACAGUAAAAUGCGUUUAGUUUUGGCCAAUGGUACAAAUCUAAGUGGGAAGAAGGUUUGUGUAGGAACUGGAGGUAGGCCCCAGGCCUUUGCCAAAAAAAAUCUAAAAAGUGAACCAGUGGAUCCCGAUCUGUCAUCUAGUGACCCUUUUCUGAUGGACUCAGAGGACGACUUGCAGAUUGAUGAGACGCCACGAAAGGAGCGAAAGCUUAUCCCCCAGAAAAGGAAGCUGCAUAAAUUUCCACGUAAGCUUCCACGUGCAAAGCCAUGCUCAGACCCUAACAGAGUACGAGAACCAGGAGAGCUGGAGUUUGAUGUAGAGGAAGACUACACCACGGAUGAAGAAAUGGGAGAAGCUGAUGGAGACCAACUUGGAGCUAGCAGUGGGGGUAUAUUGGACCUUCUUAAAGCCAGCAGACAGGUUGGAGGCCCAGAAUACUCUGAAAUAGACGAAGCACCUGCUUCUCCAAGCACCCAGGAGGCCAUUCAGGGUAUGCUGUGCAUGGCCAACCUUCAAGCCUCUUCCUCCUGCACACCUGCUAACCUUCAGGCUUGGUGGGCAGCUGGACAAGAGAGUGGUGCUGCAUCUGGUAUACCACAAAGUGGUAGUAAGGCUGCCGCAGGUAACAAGUCUGGAAGUAAUGGCACAAGUGGAAGCUCUGGGAACAGCAAAGUGAUUCUGAGGCCAGGAAAGAGGCCGGUUAAAAGACCUGCGCACCGUAGUAUGGACAGUGAAGAUGAGGGAGAUAGUACUGACGAGCAGGAAACACUGGGAGCCUGUUUUAAAGAUUCAGAAUAUAUUUACCCAUCUCUCGAAUCUGAUGACGAUGACCCAGCACUAAGGUCACGUUCCAAAAAAAAGAGGCAGACCGAUGAUGCUCCAUGGAAUCCAAAGGCACGUGUCACUCCAACACUCCCAAAACAAGCCCGUCCAGUUCGAGAAGGAACUCGUGUGGCCUCAGUUGAGACGGGACUGGCUGUGGCAGCAGCAAGACUUUCUCAGCAGGAGCAACAGAGAUCUCAAAAGAAAAAAUUGGCCACCAAGAAAAAGCCUACAAGUGAACCAGAACCUGAAAUUCUUCCAUCAGAGCCUGAGCCACCACCGCCACCACCUCCUCCUGAGCCUCAGAUUGAGGUCUUCUCUGGCAGCCUGGUUGACCAUGAAUACACAGCUGGUCCCAAUAUAUUUGGCAUGGCUCAGGUGAACCGUGGCACUACCCCGAUGGCACCAGGUGUCUUCCUUUCUCACAGACGGCUUUCUGCUACCUCUCCAACAAGUCAAGCAGUUCAGGGAAAGCGACCCAAGAAAGGUUUAGCUACAGCUAAGCAGCGCCUGGGCAAGAUCCUAAAGAUUCACCGGAAUGGAAAGCUUCUUCUGCUGUGACCUCCUUCCCUUUACACUCUUGAUGCUGACCCUUUUGUUCUUGAGUGGACAUUCAGGGUCAUUGUACAGAGAAAGCAGAGCUGGGUCCCUAGCUGUGCUGAAGACUUAUUUUUGUAAGAACUGCACACAUAGACAUGAACUUGUUUUACCGAGAAUAAAAGGCAGGCUGCACAGAGAGCAAGAUGGUAGAAAAAUCACACAACGAUUUUCAUCCUCUUCACCUUUGCGUUGUCUCAAAUUUGAGGCCUUUGAAAAGCAUGAAAGGUGGAUAGAACGGGUGAACCUUCUGCUAAAAGAUGCCGUUCAUUUUUAUUUUUUCAUUUUUAAACCUUGAACACAACAAGCAAUUUUUUUUUUGUUUCUCCCGCUCCCAACUGAGUUAUGUUGAUGGAAUCUUACAUAAGAUCCAAAGGGAGAAGUUCCCACUUAAAGCACUUGUCUUGGCCUCCUGGGACCUUGGGCUGUUUUGUCAGGUUCUCCAUGGACGAGUGAUAACCAGAUGUAAUAGCACAUUAUUUUCUUGCUUAUUUGUUAUAUUUCUACACUGCCUCAUUCUUCCUGCCACAGUCUCCCAACACAACCGAACUUAUGACUUUUCUGGUACUGGGCUUGGUUUGUAUUUAGCUUUUUUUUUUCUUUUUUUUUUUUAAGCACUUAAGUUUGAAUAUAACUGCCAUAUACCUCUUGAUGUGUGACCCAGCAGUGAUUAAGACAUGUUCACCAGAAGGGAUCAGACCUUGCAAGUAAACAUUUGGAAGCACGGUCUUAUAUUUACCACACCUGACAAAAGAAGAUUCAGAAAAUCUCUCCAUUACAUUGACCUACUGUAGAAAAUUUGGCCCGGACACUAUGAAGGCAUCAGUUGUGACUGAUCUCCAACUUGCCCUCUCUGCCAUGUAUAAAUAUAUAUAUGAUUUUUUUUUUUUUUUCAGGAAACUGAUGUAUGGUUGAAAGCAAAUUUUUUCCAAGGGGGGGUAUAUUGUUACAAAGACGAAAAACAAACCACAUCUGCUUAUAAAGGGAAAUGCAUCCAAAAUCAUUAUUGUAGAUGAAGGCCUUGUUCACACCGGGUAUAUCAAUGCAUAGCUUGUAUGAGGUCUGUGUUUACCUGCACAGGUGUUCUGCACGGAUACAGCCGUUGAUCCCAGUUUGACAUCCAUGCGUGUGCGUUUAUGAACUCGCACUGACUGAGUUUAGGGAUGUCUAUUUGCACCCGUACGGCUGUCAGGAAGCGGCAGCUGUAUCCCAAUAGAGAGCAAUGGGACUGUAUGCAUGAGGAUGUGCUGAACACGUGGGUUACCUGCAGGUAAACAAUGGCCCUCUUAUUGAUGAGCCCCAUGUGAAUGAGGCCUAACAUGCUUGUUCUAAAUUUUUGAAUUCUGUUGAAACAUUUCCGAGCAUAAUUUUUAGGUCCAUUGCAAUGCCAGAGUUAUUAGUGAGGCAGAGAAACUUCUGUAUGUAGUCAUUUUUACUUUGCUCCAGCCUUAGGAUUGGUUGCAGUUGUGUGUUUUAGGCAUAAGAAAUUGGAGUAGCGUUUUAAAUUACUAUUAAAUAUAGUGGCCCUUUUAACAUAACUAGCAGUUUGUGCUAGUACAGUGCUGUACCUUAUGAUUAAAUUCUAGUAGCUUUGUUCAAUA